GUCGACACGGAUGCGUUAUUAACUAAUACGGAGUCUUGGUUGAAUAUGCUACCAUGCCUAUUACGUGAGUUUAGGCCACACGGACAUUUCAACAGGACAUGAGAGAAGGAAUAUAGAGAUAUCAGCAGUUCUUUCGAUCCUCAUAACAUACUGGUAACCAGACAGUCAUGCAGAAUCUUUAUAGCAGCGGUUUAGCUUUGUGUGCACUGUUCCUUCUUGCCCUGGGCAAACCGCCGCCCAGGGAGAGGGAAGGCAAACUUAUGGGAAACGGUGUGCAUGUUCAAGGAUUGGGGAAAUCGGGAAAACUACGAAUUGGAAGAAAGCAGAGUCUGGAAAAUGAUUCUAAUGCAAUGACGAUUGACUUUGAUUCUAUCCAAGAGGUCGAUGGCAGAGGGGCCCCAGUUUCAGGACAGGGACCAAGGCGUCACAGGUUCAAUACUUUUGCCAACCAAGAAUUCAACAUAACGGGACCAACAAAUGUAACAGUUUACGGUCUGCAAGCUACUAGAAUAGCUUUUGAGAGUGUUCUCUCUACUGGCGGUGAACUUGCUUUGCAGGUUUUUAUAUUCCGUGAGGAGGGUAAUGUCACCAUUGACGACGAAGUGACCCCAGUUAAGCCAGGGACUGUGAAGUUCAACAUUCUUCUGUCAAACUGGACAUUUUGUGGUGAGAGCGGUGGUGUAAAUUGUAGAGGAGCAAUCGGGCGGUAUCUUGACGUGACAUUGCGAAUUCUCGGACGGAAACCUCCAAAGCGACGCACACAGCCUCCUCGCCCACCACCUGGUCGUGGUCCGAAAAAUCACAAUCGUGAACGGGAGUUUGAAAUGGGCGGAAACGUCACCAUAUCGUUCUCCAAAAAGGUUUUCAUUGAUAACAUGGAGCAGUCUGAAGACAUGCCUGGGGACUUUCCUGUCUACGAAUCACGAGGUGGGAACCAGCUUUUCCACUUCCGGUUUCGAAGGUUUAAUACAUCUAUCAUGUACGACCCUGUGGUCAACACUGAUGACGCAGAAGUAUUAAGUUCCCCGAACACCGGAACUCACUUAGUUGCACCUACAGUGUUAGCAAUGCUUGUUGCGUGUAUUUUACAAUUACUUCGAUGAAUCUGUUCAAUAAAACAAACGGAA